AUGCUUUAUUUAGUACAAUCCAUGCAAAAUGAAGGAAAUUCAAAACACGAAAAGUACAUCAUGCCAGAACUACAAACAAUUGAUGACAAUACAAUACAAGAAGGAAUGAUGGAACGAACAAAAAUUUUGAAAGAACAUAUUGAAGGAAAUAUUGAGAUAUUGGACUAUUUACAAGGGAUUUCAGGAUUGGAACGUGAUUUCUCAAAAUUGGCAGAGCGUGUUAUAAAUACAGCGAUAACAUUGAGCGCCCAGGAUAAUAUUGCGCAUCCAGAAAGAAUAUAUGAUCAGGAAACUGGUACAAAUGUUGACAAGUGUUGGAAAUACAUUUCUCAACUAUCUGAAGCAAUACAUUUUCAUAUCACAAAAUCACAUGAGUAUCACAAGUUUCACCAUGAAAUUUGGGCAGCACGCAUGGAAAUACAACAAGUUCUUUCGAGUUAUUCGCUAAUUCAAGAAAAAUUAGGUUCACUGAGUUUCUUAACUGAUGAAGCUCUUGAAACAGUUAGAACUAUGAUAGAAACUCAAUUGAGCAUAUAUACGAGACUUUCUCUCAAAACAAAAGAAUUCUUGGCAAAAUCUUCAAUAAUGAGGUCGAUCUUUCUUCGUAACUCACUAACUCAGGGCAAACAUUCAGCAUACUUGUUAGCCUCGCUACGUUUACCAUCUGGACAAUCGGUCCAUAGAGGUGAAUCUGUUAAAGUAUGGGGAAAUAAUCAAUUUGUAUCAAAAUUACAUAGUGAAUGGAAUGCUGAAGUCAGUAAUGGUGAACAAAUAAAUAAUGCACCUUCAAUUUGUUUUUGGCUUACUUCUCCAGAACAUAGUCCAAUAUCAGAUAAGAGCAACAAAUUAGAGUCUUGUGAAAAUGAAGAAAAUUUUGAAACUUUAGGAGAAGUUUCAUCAACUAAAAAUGUUUGUAAACGUUUUCAUAAAGAUUUGUAUAGUUCAUGGAGAAUCGCUAUUAAUCUCUUUGCAAAAAUAUUGAUGCCCACAUGUACGAGCUACAUAAAAAAACUUGAAAAUAUUGAUCAACCAAUCAUUGUGGAGGAUUUACAAGAAUUCAAUGACUUUUUAAAUUCAUCACAAACUCUUCUCGAAUAUGGAAAUGAGCCGGAAUUAGAAACAUUGAAGGGGUUAUCUCAUAGGUCUCAUAAAACCAAAGAUACUGUUAUACAUAUAAAAGAGGAGAAUAUUCACCAGCUAACUGAAACAGUAAAGACAUGGAAGAUCUUUUUACAGAAAUUUAAUGAAGCAGUGGCAAAUACAUCCGACAACGAAGUUAAUGACCAAAGUCUCACAACACUGAAAAACGAAGAUUCAUGUUUAAAGUUUUCGCCUUCAGUAUAUAAAGUAACUAAUAAACAUAAAACAAUGUAUCCAAAUGAAAUAAAUAGAAAAUAUAAUGAAAAACAGUUAAUAACAUUUUUCACUGAAAAUAUACCCAAAACAUUUACAUUAAACAAGAAUACAACAGUAUAUGAUCAUCGAAUACAUGAAGCUUCUCACAUGAAAAACUCUUUAAAAUGUCACAGUGAUCAGAUGUUAGAAAAUCCUUCACAUUUUGAUAAACACACAAAAGAACUAAUGACUCAAAUUGAUUCACCAUUUUAUUCAGCUGUUGUUUAUUGUACAAAUUGUUCAGAAUUUCAUGAAAUCAAUUUAUUGUCACCAUUUAUUUGUAAACCAGAGGUAUCUACAUCGAAUAUGAAUUCUUCUAGUGAAGUAAGUGAUAUAUCAGAAAAUCGAUUAAAAGCGGCUCAUUCAAUGCCAAGUUUGUCUAUUGAAACUAAAGAUUCUAAUGUUGUUGAUGAUAGAGUAUCAACGUAUAGAAAUAAAAAGUGUAGUGCUAUGAAAAAAAUUUCCAGAUCAAAAGGUAGAAAAAAAUGUAGACCAUAUAGUUUAAAUGCUAGUCUCACUGAAACUACAGCAAGUUCAGGAUUUGAUAGUCCAUCGGAGUCUUCUGUUAGUACAAAAGAAAAAACAAAUUCUUCUCAAAUGCAUGGUGAGGUUUACUCUGAAAGCCAUAGAAGCAGACCAGGUAAACGAUCUUUUCUAUGGUGGUAUAAACGUGGCAAACGUACGCUUAAAGAUGAGUCCCAUGCUCCUGAAAGUCCAAACACUGAACCAGGUCCACCAGGUAGAAGGUCUCCAUUAAAUAUUACUCCAAGUGAAUCUAUUAGAGAAUUUAGUUGUCGUUCGUCUACUCAGUUUUCAGACCUAAACGAAGACCAAGGAAAUUUUGACGAAAGCACGAAUUCAGCAGUAAGAUCAUACAGUUGGAUACAACAAGGUACACCAUGGGGAUAUGCUCCUCCUACUGACAGUAAGUGGUGGCCGGCUAUACAAAUGACACCGGUUAAUGACCGAGAAAAAAGCAAAUUUAUGAAUGUUUACAGCGACAGAAUUAAAAUGAAAAGCCGAAAACAUGUAAAGAGAUAUUCAUUUGAAAAUGGAGUUAAUCACAAUGCUCUUAGUGAAAGUCAAAUGUACAACACAAUUGAUUCAGGUAUUCAAACUGAUAUGGAGAUGUAUAUUUCGAGACAAUUAGAUACGAUUUUAUUGGAUGCAGAGUCAAAUAAUCAGCGAAAUCUCAUAAAUCUAGAAACCAUGUGUCAGUAUUGCUACAAAAAUAUAAACAAAGUUUACAGUAAAGAUAGUUCUGUGCAGUGUAAUUUUAUAAAUGAUACGAUUUUAGAGCAAAAGUCUUAUCAUCCGUCACAUACACUUUCUAGCAAAAAAGAAAAAACUGACAGAGUUACUCACCAAAGAUCUAAAUCUAGUGGUGUGAGAGUAUGGGAUAUUUGUUGUCAGGUUGGCAUAGUGCAACAGAAUCGCGGUACUGAACCAAUUAGGAGUGAAGAUAUUCAAUCAAUAAUAUCCGCUACCAGUGACCAAGUCAACGAUUGUAAUGAUGGUUCAAGAAUGUAUGCAAAAUAUGAUAGAAGAUCAAAAAGUUUUGAAACACAUUCAAGGAAUCUGUCUCAGAUGACUAAUGCAUCUACUACAAGAAUAUCACCUCCGUUAAAAUUUUCUGUUUCAUGUCAGAUUGGACCGUCUUUAACAUUUAACAACACUGUUACUCGUCCUAUGACUGAUUUAAGUUAUGAGUCCAGAGAACAUACAAAAAAAUAUUCCAGUCAAUUAUGUGAUGCAUCAUCAUUUGCAACUUAUUUGCCAAUAAUGAUAGGUAAGAAGCUUCAAGUAAAUAUGCCUCUAGCAGUAAACUCAAAAGACACUUCUACACAAAUCCAAACAGUGAAAAAACCAAUGAUUUUAGCUAACGUUUCAAGUAUAAAAGAAGUAGUAAAAAGCUGGUUAAUAGAAUCAGAAUCCAGUUUUAUUUCUUCUGAUAAAAUGAAAAAGACUGAAUAUAAUAGAAAAGUGUUGAAUAAUUUAACCAAAACAACAGACUGUUAUGGAUUAAUUCUAGUCAAUGAGACUAGUACACAAAUUGGUUCAGCUAAUGGAAUCGAAAAACUACCCAAUUUUUAUCACAAUCAAAAAGAUAAUUCAAUACAAACUAACCUUCCAUAUAUUUAUGUAACUGAAACAAAUAUUGUACCGAAUUGGACAUCAGAUUCAAAUGAAAUGAAUAAACAAUUUAUACCUGAAUCCAAACCUACCGAUAAAUUACAAACCCAAUGUAUACAAAUUAAAACUUUCAAUUAUUCUGAAUCACCAGGUGAAAGUUCAUCUAAAGCGUUAAUAAAUCAACCAUAUCAAAAUAAGUUAAAUAAUCAACAAACCCCUACAACUAAUAAUAGUCAAAAUAUCUUACCUAAGAAUAUUCAGCUAGAACAAACUUCCACGAUGUUACAACAAGGUAGAAAAGAAUCUAUGAAUGAUAAAAUCACUGUGAAAAGAUUAAAGAAGAUUAAUAAGAAUCAAAAUGAACUUUAUAUAAGACAUGGACCUAUAAAUAGAAAGAUUAUUUCAACAUGUGGUGAUUUAAUUAUGAAUAUAGAAUUACAUAAUGCAAAUUGUAAAAAACAUUCUAUACGUGAUUUCAAUUACUUACCUAUAUCAGAUAGAUUAUAUAAUUAUAAAUGGUUAAGCUUAUUACCAUCAUCAUCAUUAUCAAGAUCAUCAUCAUCUUCUUAUGAUGAAUAUGAUGAUUUAUGUAAACAAUGUCGUUUAAAAUAUUAUAAAGCAUUUCAUAUGAAUAUGGAAAUGAUACCUAAUCAUGGAUAUAAUAAUAAUAAUAAUAAUAAUAAAUCAAAUCGACUUACUUAUCAUAGAUCUCAUCAUCAUAAUACAAUAAAGUUUCAUCGAUCAAUUAUAAAAAGAAGUUUAUCUGCUGAUGACUCCAAAAUAAACACAUAUAGAAAGAGAAUUGAUUCAAGCAGGUACCAUGAAAAUAUCUAGAGGGUAAUUCUCAUUAGUACCUAUUCAAGGAAAGUAUUUCGUAUACAGAAAUGAAAAUAAUAAGAAAAUAAAACAGUAAAUCAAAAUUGAAUAAAUAUAGUUUACUUUAUUCAUAACUCUUACAUACCAUGGCCCUCUCUUUUUUCUCUUUCAUCUAAACACCUUAUUUUAUUCAUUUUCAACUAUUCACUCAUCAGUUACCGUUAUUAUUAUUGUUACUAUGCCUUUUAUUUUCAUCGAGUGAUGCGAAUUUGUUAAAAAAAAUUUACACAAUCCAUACAAUGAAUUAUUAUGUUUUCAUUAGAAUAUUCUUAUUUAGCUAAGUCUAUUAACUUAUGAUUAGGCUUUCUUUUAUUGCUUCAGUAAAAUUAAUUUAAUUGUUUGAAUAAAAUAAUGAAUAUAAGAAAGAAAAUGUUCAUAUUCACUUCAUUUAUAAAGAAGAGUAAAGAAAAGUGUAGAGAGUUUAGUAUUUUGUAAUUUGUAAAAGAUGUAACUCUUAUAAUGGAUGGUGUAUGAAAUUUGAUAUUGAUACACGACGAACUAUAUGCUAACCUUCAAUUGACUAGAGAACACAAGAGCUACCUUAAAAGUGGCACAAAUACUUGUUUAUAUAUAUGUAUAUAUAACCCCUAGAAAAUCAAUCCACUUCUUAGCCAAUGAUAUUUACUUAUCCUACACGUCACCUCUGAUUAACAUCAAUUGACCUUCUCAUCUGACCAAUUCACAUUGGUUCACAAUAUCAGUAGAAUUGUUUAGUAGAUAUAUUUUCUUAAAAUUUCUGAAUGAAUUUUCUGUAUGGUAUAUUACAUAAAAUGAUUUGGGACUGUGUACUUCGUCAUAAGUUGUGCAGAGCCCAAGACUGAUGUUUAUUUGUACUAUAUCAUGUUUAGAUUGGUUGGAAUGUAAGAACUACUCUCAGGACAUAAUACACGUAACUAGAUCUGUCAAAACAGUUAAAUUGUUUCAUGUGUGCAAAACUAAUCGAAAUUGGUACUUUAUCUUUGAAAUAUGCAUAUUCACCUUGAGAAAAUCACCAUCCUGUCUGUAGAGUUAUAAGUUGAUAGAAUCAUGCUUUGAAUAUAAGUAUAUGAUAGCUCUGAUACAACAUAUUUUUUGUUUUAAAUGUCUCACUCGCUUCACCAGUUAUACCUAAACAAGCGAUAAGCUGCUAUUGAAACAGCAUUUUGUAAAAAUUUCAUAUUAAAUCAAUAACCUACUUAAGCAUCCGCAUCUAUGUAGGAUGCUUAUUUAAAUCCAAAGGCAACAACAUGCAACCGUGUGUACGAUCAAAACUAAUACGUUUACAAGAUAAAUGUGCAUCCACGUGCUUAUUUUCUGAACUUUCAUGUAGCCGAAAUACGAGCCUUCGUUUUCCCUCUUUGUUUGAAAUAAUGUAAUUUACCGCCUAAUAAAAUCAUAUAGCUCCUGAUUUAGAAAUACCGAUGAAAUUAUGUUUAAAAUUUCUUGUUUGAGAGACUUAAUUUUGUGCAGAUUGAUGAUGAGUGUUGUUGACAAUACAACACCAACUGAUCUCAGAAAUAAAAUCUGAUGUCUUGAAUUACGUAUAUCUAAAACAAUAAAUAAUUAAUAAUCAUCUU